AUGGACCUGACAGCAGCUGCAUGGCUCGUGGAGGGAAACAUCUGGAUCCGGGGUCGCAUCACGCGCGUCCUCGAUGGCAGACAGCUCGUGGACCUCAGCUACCACGACGGAACUGGGGAGCAGGAUGUGCCUGUCGCAGACCUCCGACCGCUGCUGCCUGCGGCCUUCUCCCCACCACAGAGACAGAGCGUCUCCCCUGCCAAGGAUCGCGGCGCUCCCGCACCACCACCUCCGCCGCCAAGUGCUCCGGAGGAGGAGCUGGCACGUCCCAGCCCCAGUCCCUCCCUGACGCAGCGAAUCGCCGCGCUCCGCGCAGAGGCAGGUCUAUUGGACCGGAAUGUCCAAACGCUGAAGGAGCGGCAGGAUUCGAGCCUUGCGGCCCUGGAGACUGCGAAUCAGGGCGUUUCCGAGGCGCAGUCGGGUCUGAGCCAGCGGAUGAACUCCGCCAAUGAGUGCUUGUCCGACAUCCAGGGUCUCGUCGCCGAGGCGAAGCGGAUCCUUGCCGAUGCCGCCAGCAACUCGGGGUUUCGUGACCUGGCCGUCCUGGACCGGCUGCGGCAGAGCGUCGGGCGCGGAUCAGGAACUUCGGAG